UCAGUCCGCGCGUGUACACUUUCUAUGUACAGUUUGAAUUCAACGCACUCAGGCAUAGCAGGAUUCCUUACAUUACGCGCAUGCGCAUUGCGACUGAAACUCCACCAUGGCUGACAAGAAAUGGCCCGGCUGUGCAAAGAGUUUGAAAGGUGUCAUUUUGGACAUGUGUGGUGUCUUGUACGACAGCGGGGAGGGAGACGGGGUUGCUAUACCUGGUUCAGUGGAAGCUGUGAGAAAGUGAGUGGAAAAAUUAGCGAGUAGUUUCAGACUCAACUGGAGAUUUAAGCGAUUGCAUGACAAGCGUGACCGAAAUGUGGAAGCCAAAUACUGAAAAGUGCAUAUACGUAGCGAUAAACUGCAAGGGUGCAUUAGUGGAUAUUAAAACGACUCUUUCAGGACCCAAGUGGUCAGUUUGCAUACUAAUGUGGUAGUGACUGUGGUGUCUCAUGUUCCAUCCAAAACAUGACCACUCCUCAUCCCAUUUAAAGGCUCAAAACAUCCGACCUGCAGCUGCGCUUCUGCACCAAUGAGACGCAGGCCAGCAGAGAGAAGUUUGUUGCCAAACUGGGAAGACUGGGCUUUGAUAUAUGUGUGCCUGAGGUCUUCUCUCCGGCACCUGCAGUCGUGGCUGUCCUGAAGGAGAGAGGAUUACGGCCCCACCUGCUGGUGUAUGAUGGUAAUGCUUCAAACUGUUCAUUGAAAAUAACACCAAUGGGACUUGUUGAUAAAAUGAAAAAGUUAAAAUUAUAUCUGGUGAUGUACGGAAUUAAACUCUGUUUUCACCCUUUUGCAGGACUUCUACCCGAGUUCGACACUGUUGACAAAACCAACCCGAACUGUGUGGUGAUCGGAGACGCAGCUGAAAAAUUCUCCUAUGCUAACCUUAAUGAUGCAUUCAGGGUCCUUAUAGGCCUGGAGAAACCAUUGCUGUUCUCCCUAGGCCAAGGGUACGAGUGUAUAACAACAUUACAUCUCAUUUCAAGCAUUAUAUGUGGGGAUAAGAAAUACUCAGACAGUCACAAACUAAAUAUUUAUGUUUCUGUCCUCAGGAGAUACUACAAGGAGACAGACGGGUUGAAACUAGAUGUUGGUGUUUACAUGAAGGCACUGGAGGUAUAUUAGAUGCAUAAUUUACAUCUAUGUAAAAAUAUAUCAUCACUUAGCAUUGAAAUAUCAGCAGUUUAGUACAUGUCAACUAUGGCUUAUUGUUGUCAAUGUUUGUCCCCUUUAGUAUGCUUGUGAUUUAAAGGCCGAAGUGAUCGGAAAACCUUCACCGAUGUUCUUCCAGAGUGUUCUCAAUGACAUGGGGUUACAACCACAUGAGGUAAGUAACAGCAAAAUAUAGUAUAGGAGAAUUAAAUGCUUCUGCAGUUACACAAAUUUAAUCUCAGCCAGAAAGAGCAAUAUUAAGCUGAGCUUUGCUGUGGGAAUUCUCCCACACUGUGACUUCUUUGAGUCCUUGACUACUCUGGGAGGUGAGCCAGGAAACCUAGAGUUACUCUUCAUUGAGGGUGAAGUAUUUAAAAUGGUGGGUAUGCACUUAACUUUUCUAAACUAUUCUCAAUUUAGUAUUUGUCACUUGGCUCAAAGGGAGAACUAUUUAGCAGUCUGUGCGGGCAGUGCGCUUGCAAUUCCAAGAAAUAAAAAGGCCAAAAAUGUUUUGCAACAACAGCACAACAGUCUCUAAAGACAUACGUUUACAGGAAUCUGUUGGAUGUUAAAGGAGAAGUAAUCUGAUUUGACUAGGAUUGAGAGGUCAAUCUUUUUUCUUCAUGCUACCUCUGAUGUGUAGUGGUAAAAGUGUACGCUGUAGUAUAUACCUAGAUUCACGAAGACACACUUUGUCUGACAAUAUUUUGUUUUCUAAGAUUAGUAAAUAAACAUUAAACUGCUUGAAUGCACUGUGACUAAUGAACACUUUCUCAGAAACUGACAGUUUAAGAAAGGCUGUUUCAACACCUACCCUGACCUUAACACAGCCUUAUAUAAAACAGCAAUCACUCUUCAUUCUCAUGGUCCUGUGUGCUUUUGUAGGUCACAGUGAGGCUUCAAUAUUAAUCACAAUCUGUUUAAUAAUCAUCUGAAAAUUUCUCUCUGGUCUUGUAAAUUAACUGCAGACAAAUUUAUAAUCAGUUUAUUAAUAUUGUGGUCUGUAAAAAUCUACAAAAACACUUAUCAAACUAUUCCAAAGCUCAAAAACAUGUCUUUACAUCCCUCUAGUAUAUUAAAAUUUACAACCUUGAACUACAAAAAUCUCUAAUAUUCUUUGAAUUUACAAAAGAAAAGAUUUUAUUUGGUCAUUUUUGCCUGAAAAAUCACUGAUUGAAUUCAACAACUUGGAAAGUGUUUGAUACUAAAUUUCAGUCUUUCUUCUUGCGUUUUUUUUUCUUAAACUUUGCAGCUUUACUUCUUAAUGUACUUUAACAGCUCUUCUUAUAGUCGUAUUCAAUUACUUUUAGCCUCCCUAAGCUAGUAGAGGAGACUCUGACACUUGAUAGAGUCUACAUGCUGGAACCAAUCACAGAGCAGAGCAUAGACGCUCCCUCCUGUGUUUUUUUUUCACUCACUCAGCAGGUGUCUGAACAUGUGUUUGAUGUCUCUGCCCGCUACCAGCUGAUCUCAGUGUAUCCUGAGAGGAAAGAUGGCGUUCUGUCGCCCCGAGUCUGUCCAAGCUUUUCUAUUUCUGAAGCUGGCAGUUCACACUUUGAAAAACUGGGUUCAUUUGAGUCCAAGCUUUGCUAAUUUUUAUGGAUUUCUCUUCCUUUGAUAUCAGAUGAAUUUGUACCUAGAGGCAUCUGCUGAUCUCCCUUAAACUUUCAGUUACUAAUCCAGGCUUUAAUGCAGAGAUGUUUGUGCAAAGAAGAAAUUCCUUGUUGGUUGGGUCAAAACGAAACUGCAGAAUCUCUUUCAUUCCUCUUCUAAAUUCCUGAGAAAACUGCCUUGACUCAUGUGUCUGUCACUGAAAAGAAAACACCUGAACCCUCAUCUAAAGAUCUAUUUUAUUCAGAUGUAAUUAUUAAAAUACUUGCUCUCUUUGUCAGCCAACUUUUGACCGCUACAGGGAGCCAUGUUUUUCUAACUAACAACCGGUGGUGUAGACUUGAUUUUGUGUAAUAACAGGAACUACUCAGUGGAUAGUUUUUAAAGAAACUGUUGCAUCCACCAAGCUGAUGAUACUGAAGUAGUGAGCAAAAUUAACAAAGGAGAAAACAAGACAAACACUCGAUAUAAAUGGAUGUUAUUCUUACAUAUAGUAGAAUUACAGGAUAGUAGACACCUAAAUAAAAAAAAAAGAUGUACAUGUACAGGACCCUGUAGACAUGCUGUAUUAGAGCAUCAAAUUAAAGGGGCUGCAUAAGGACGAGCCCUUAGAAACUGAGGGUUUUGUGCUUUGCUUUAGAGCAACUUUACACCACCUAAAAAUGAGCUGACACCUUUGUAGCCUCUAUACUUGAUUUUGCACUUGAACCAGUCCAUUUAAACCCAAGCCCAAACACCCUCUUAAGGUGUGUUGGUUGAAUCAGGCUCUCAGUCUUGUUUUAAAGUGAUCACAAAUAAGUAAAUGUUUCCACAAGGAUUACCAAAACAGAGAAGUAUUUACAAAGCUCUGUUACCUUGACACUCUGUUACAUAAGCUUUUGGCGUUCCUGCCGGUUUAACAUUUUUGUGGUUUGUACUGAACGCGUUAGAUACAGGUGUGGCUCAGUUGUUUGGUGCAGCCGUGGCACAGCUCUGGUGUUGAAUUACAAAACUAAAACCAAUCACAGCUCUGUCAUACUGUGAGGUUACUGCAGGAGCAUUACAUAAUCUUCAAAGAGAAGUUAAACAUUCUCAUCCCAUCACAGAAAAUCACUCAACAUGAAACCAGUAAGCUGAAAUUCAAGACUGUGGUAGCUUCAAAAAAAGAGGAAGAGGAAAAAAGUCUGAUUUGAGUAUUUAAUGUGGAAGUCUAUUCAAAGAAUCUUGAAUUGCAGGCAUCUGCAAUUGAUAUAGUAGACACCUACUGUUCUAGAGUGAACAAACUGGUCUUAACAAGUGCUUAAGGAACGAGUUUCACGUCCACAUGAUGAAUUUGUUGAACAUAGCAUGAUGCAUUUGUGUGCCAUAAUAAAUAAAAGUGUGGCAAUAUCUCUGUUUGUAAAAUAUGAGGAUGGGUUAAAUGCACCCUUUUUAGCCCCCAUCACCCGUUUUUGGGCUUUGGGCCCCCUGAAAGUGUGUGCACGCCCCUGUUCAUGUCACUCAUUUUUUUUGCCAACGAAUAAAGAUCUUUGUCCUUUGCAUCUGCGAACUCAUGCAUCCCAUUUUGAAGUGCACCCAUUCAACAUCCACAUAUAUCGAGUCAUUUCUUUUUCUUCCCUCUUUAUUUCUGCAGGUGCUGAUGAUCGGUGAUGAUCUGGUAAAUGAUGUCGGUGGAGCCCAACACUGUGGAAUGAAAGGCGUGCAAGUCAGGACUGGAAAGUACAGGUUAGUGAUGUCCUGAAAUGAUCAACCAUCAGUUAACCAAAAGUAAAAAUAAGUUCUUAUUGGUAACAGGUUGAGCUUUUCUUUAACCGUGCCAGUGUGCCCUGCUCUGCAGCUGAGUUUUACCCCCUGUUUUGUAGUUUUAUUUCAGUCAGUGGACAUGUGACCAUGUGGUUUAGUUGCAUGGGAGUAGAAAUGAAAGAUUAUGUUUGUCUUUAAUCUUAAUAUGUAUGACAUCCUAGUAUUAAAAAAAACAUUAAGCUCAUUUAUCUUAAAUCCUAAAAGCUUCUAUAAAUCUUGAAGCAGUAUUGGUGUUGUUUCAGUCAGAAUACAAAAACAGGUUCUCUUCUCAGUCAGUAGAGGGCCCCCUCACACCAGAAUUAAGAUCCAAAGUUUCCUCCACGGCCCACAAUCUCCCUGUGAACCAAACCACCCCAUUCUCAAAACUCCUCCAGAUUUGUUUAUUUGAUUGGAGAUCCUCUGAAAAUAACUUUAUUCACUCCACAUGUUGAAUGAUUCUCUCCCACAAGGUCAUAGUUAACAAAGAUUUAUGAUCCCGAGUCUGGAGAUUACUGAGGCGCCCUUCAUAUGGUGUAAUUACAGGAACAUAUGGCUGAAUGUUUUAGAAGAUAUAUGUGGUUCUUAAGGCUAUUAGAGAGGAACAGAGCAGCUGAGAGGGCGAGGAAAUACUGCUGUAGAGCUACAUAUUUUAUUAUCAAGAUUAUUCUUGUUUCAUUGCAUGUUCAACAGCGUAACUUGUAUUUUGAUGUUGUUUCUGUGGGUUAUACAACAUUAGCCCAAGGUGUAUGUGUGUACCUAUGGGAGAUAUUUAUGGAAAUGGAAGGGGAAUACUUGCAGCCGUGUCAAAUGUAGAAUUAUUACCUCAAUGCAGCAGAAAACCAAUGAUCUAGAUAAUGUUCCCAUGAAAAAUUUUAGUCUUGAACUCUUCGGCUACAGAACCAUGCAGUUGUAAUGCGUGCAAAACGUGGUUUUACAUCUUGCCAUAUUAUGCAAGUUUGUCCUUGAAAAGGUAUUGUGUAAUAUUUUGCUCUAGUGGACACAAAUUUUGAUUCAUCAGACCAAACGACCGUUUUCCUUUUGGGUUUCAGAAGUUGCCGCCAUGAACUUAGUGUUUGAGAUUUGUUUUGAGCCCAUGCAGAGAUUUCCACUACAGAGUCAUGACUGUUUUGAAUGUAGCGCUGCCUGAGACCUGGAGAUCACAGUCAUCCAGUUUUGGUUUUUAGCCCUUACCCCUCUUGAGCAGAGAUUUCUCCAGAUUCUCCCAAUUUUUAAUGUUGCUAUGUACUGUAGAUGAUGAAUUCCCAAUACUGUGCUAGGGAAUAUUAUUCUGAGAUUGUUGAACUAUGUAUUCACAUCAAAGUGAACUCAUAAUAUUGUAUAUAACAGAACAAAAUAACAGAAAGUAUGUAUUUGGAUGUGAAGGGCCUCAAACCUCCUCUUCUCUUAUUUUCUUAUAACCGUGUUUGGCACUAAAGCACAGAUUAGUGUAAAGAGCGCCAUGCUGGGUGACCUGCUCCAAUGCCUGGGUCUGGCAUGCAGGUCUGCGGUCAUGUGACCACACUGAGUAAUCUGCUUGAGCAUCAGUCGACUCUAAUCCUGCACUAAGAGCACAGUCAUCUCAGCGUAAAAAGCUGUCCUGUGUCAGAGCAGAGUUAUUCCUGUCUGUGUGACACUAAGGUGUGGGUGUGUUUCCACUCCCGUGUUUGUGAGGGUUUGGGUAUGUUGCUGGCAUGUCUGUGAAUGUGUGUUACAUGUACAUUCUGUGCCGGUUAAUGAGUUCACCAGCAGACAGUACGCAGUGUCAGUCACAGCAAGUAUAGGAGAGACAUUUUUUUUAAAACUAAUGGCUACUCUCAACAGGCUGGGCAUGAUGUGUCUGCUUUAUUUGACUUGAUUUUAUCUCACAGUUAAGCAAUUCAGCUUUAUGUACUGACAUUCAUUAUGUCACUUUAAAUUACAUUUGGACUUGUCCAUGGUUUUCCUCUCUAGAGAAACUAAGUGGUUCGAAUAAAUGGAGUGUUUCCUGCAGAGAAAACAUAUCUGCUACAAGUGGUUCAGCUGGAUCAAAUCUUCAACUGGGUGAAAGAAAUUAGUUUAUUUUUUGAAACGCAGGAACACAAAGUUAUACAUCAAGUAGGCAUACACAAUGCGCAAUUGGUCACAUGGUGUCUCCUGAUCAGUGCAAUCAAAUAACGCUGUAGUGUCCAUCAGCUCCUGGGUCACGGUGACAUAAUUUGCAACCGAUCAGGGUAUUAUUGGAUAAUUUGUUAUUCAUUUAUGAUCCAGAAAAAGAAAGAAUUAUUAGUUCUUCUUUGAAACGGGAUGACCGUUUUACCCCAAUGAAUCAUAUAAACCAAAACCAAAGCAUCUUUGGUCCCUCUUUUUUUUUUUCUUUGGUUUUGCUUUUUUCCUUCUUAAACCGUUUUGAAUUGAAUGAUCUUAUGGUUUUGUUUUAUGGUUUUGAACCAAAAAUGAAGUGAUCUCCUCUUGAAACACCAAAAAACAACAAUCUGAGUAAUGUGGUAAAUCUGGUUUUCUGUGUCACACAAAAAGCCCCAAUUUUUUUUUUCUCAUUUUCUCAUUUCUCAUUUUGGUCAAAGAUUAAAACUAUGGUUAAACAGAAGGCUUGACAAGAUAAAUUUUCAGAAUAAAAGCCAUGUAACUUUGUUUUGGAUUUAUUUGAUUCAGACUGGCAAACAGUUAUCCUGUUUCUGGUUUUAUAACAGAAAAAAGAAAUAGCAGUUAUUUGGUUUCCGGACACAAGGCAAAUUAUCCAACAUUACACUAACUGGUACCGCUCUUUCUUUUACCCUCUCGGUUACCUUCUCAGCUGUUGCGUAGACACCACUUGCAAAAUAUGUGCACAGAAUAUAAACAUAGAGACAUAAUGAGCGCCCUCUGCUGUUUGAAAUCAGGUAUCUCAAGUCAUUGUUAACCCAGCUUGAUUUGCUGACUUCAACGGCUUCUUAAGGUUUCACACCUACCAUCUUUUUAUUGGCUUCAUAAGUUAGACCAAGUUCUUUACCAACAGUUCAGUCAAAUCCAGCCCAUAAACAGUUAGAAUAAAGAGAGUGAGUCCUCCUCAAGCUUAGUAACUCUAAAUUUGGCACAAUCAUAGCCUGACACUUUUGCCACAAGUCAGUUUAAGAUUUUUUUUCCAUGACUGUAGCUGCUCUUGUCCUCUUUAAGUGCUGUUUUUAUAAACUGGGUCAACUAUAAGCAACAACAGCUCAGCCAAGAAGUGCAUGGUCUCACAGAGUUUGACAAACUGUUUUCAGAGUCCCAGAUUUGUUUGAAUCAUCUGUCGAAAAGUACAGAGCUCAAAAUUACUCCUGAAAGAAACAGCAGCACAUCAUCUGUAAAACAAGGACUUUAUGAAAUAUGUUUUUUUUCCCUCAAGAGACAGAUCGUGCACAACGCCAAGAGUCAACUGUGGUAUUUGAAAGCAGACGACUGCUGGACUCUGGUCUGAGCUGUGCCUAACCCUUAGCUGUCUCAUUAAAUUUGGGGUUUGUUAGAUGCCAGGAAUGUUCAAAAAAGAGGAGAUAAUGAUCUUGGGUUGUUUGUCAGGGUUUUGGCUGGUCCUCUUUGUUGCCCCAAAAGGUUAUUUUUCUUUUGCUUCAGGAUAAACAGACAUUUCGAUCUUUGUAGCUACAGUCCGCAGAGAGGUGUGCCCCAGAGCACAAAUCAGGGUCCACAGUGUUAGCUGUGGGAUGAUGGUGUGGAUGAACUUGAUCAACCUGCUCACAGACCUGACUUUAACCCCUCUUAACACCUUUGGGAGGAUUAGAGCAUGGGUUCAAAACCAGACCUUCACAUCCAACAUCAAUACCCGACCUUUGUAGUGCUCUUUCAAAAUCUUGCGUAAACCAAUAUCAAUGAUUUAAGGAUGGGAUGUUUAACUAACUUAUAGAUAGAUGUCCUUGUUUUGAAUCUCUGUCUGCACUAGCUGCUUUGGCUGACACAUGUUUUGUGUUUCUGUGUCAGAGGUAAAUGAAGACAUUUGGAUUUUUGCCACAGAAAAAGAGUCACAAAUAGACUCUGAAAUUUGUUUAUCAUUGUAGAGUUUAUGGAGCUCCUUAGUUGUGAUUUUCUCGUUUAACAUCAUCUCAAAACAUCCCAGAUCCUUCACCUCUUAGACCUUUUAUAGUUUAUACAUUCCCUGAGAACAGGAAGAAAAACUGUGACAGCGAGAGUGUAUCCAUGGGACUGCGAGCGAGGGAGGAAGACGUGAGAUUUAACAUUUUUCUGCUAAACAGGCCCUGUGAACCCCGGCUUGCUGGGAGCAGCCAUAAACCCUCAGUCAGAUCUGUGAAAACACAGCUGUUUCCAAGUCAACCAGAUGCUGAGCAGGCCUCCGGCUCGUGGAAAACACUGCUUCAAAUACUGUAGGCCUGGUGACAAGACAGGAAGGGAAAAAGAUACAAAUCAGAGACAAAUCUAAUCAUAUCGGCUUAUUUUAAAAAGAGUUUGACUUACUGUUGCUCAGAACGGACUGCACGAAAACCUUAAAUACUUUAAGCCUAUUUUGGAUCCUUCAAGUGCACUUUUGUCUUUGUACAAUACAUCCUUGUAAAAGUAGAUACAUUUGGACAGCAUGCUUUAACAAUAAUUAACCCUCCUUUUGAUCAGAUUUUCCCCUCAUAAUUGUACAAAGGCAGAUGUCCCACCCCCUUCUGCCUCCCAAAACAUCCACUGUGAAUAUUUGUCAUGAUAUUACUUUUGCAGCAGGCUGUAACUCACUUUGUCAGAGGCUGUUAUGAGCACUUAAAAUGAGAAUAUAGAAUAUAUCAGUCAUGUUUCCGGUGGUUUCUUUUACAGGUCAUUUCAGGUAAUUCUGGUCAGUUUAAUAACUCCUCACGAGACUUUUAAAUAAAUGAAUGCAUGUCAUUAUAAUGCGAAGUCAAAUCUUUUCUCAUGUAACCGCUCAUUUUCAUUUUAUGUGCCCUGAAAAAUGUGCUUAUUAUGUGAUUUUGAUGGCUCCAGCAGAUUAAAUCCGAGAACUGGUGCCAAGCUAAAUGAUGUCUCCGUGUCUAGUAGAAACAGUUGUCGGGACUAUAGGUGUAAUACUGUAUAGGGGUAAUUGUAAUGGAGUCAGUGCUCUGCUAACAGUCAACUUUCCCUUGUUCUUGAAUAAUGAGUGUAAGUUAGCGCACUUCCCUCGGGGAGCAAGAGAACCCUUUGCUCUUUAAUAUAGAACAGGUUUAAUGGGAGCCUACAUGAAAACGUGGUUUAAAAUUAGACUGUUAGCAUGUGGAUCUAACGGCUGAUCAGCAUGGGAACAAUUUGCAAACACUGCACUCUUGUCUAACUACUGCUCAGGCCCUGUAGCUCUGGAGUUACUUUGUGUGUUAAAUUGUACCUCAAACAUCAAAGCUGUAAAAUCAAAUCUCAGGACAGUAACACUAAAUCAUGUCCAUAGUCUCUGAAACUGGAAAAUCAGAAUCAGGACUAAAUGCUAAGUCUUGUUUGCUAAGAUAGUUUCAGAUUACUUUGUUGAAGCUCUUAUUCUCUCAGGAAUAAAACACUGUUGGCUUAAGAUGGAGUUUAACAAAAGCAUAAGAGCUCUAUAAAAUAAUAUUGUAUCACGGGUGCACUUAUUUGUUUAUUUUUCACCUGUAGGAGGCAGCAUAACUGUCACUUCUCCCCUGUUGGUGAACUUGUGCUCUGUUUCAAAAACCAGAGUACUGAAUGUAGGAGCCAAAUAUGUUGAUGUGAUACCAUAUUAUGAGUUGCAGUUCACUUUGCCUGCCUAAGGUGUCGCUGUCAUGUUAUCUGGGGCUCAGGAAUAAAGGUAGUGGUUUUCUUUGUUUUAGUGUUGCUCAAUAUCAAUUGCAAAAUGGAUUUUGGUCAUGUUUAUCAUAAUAAUUUUCGGUUUGCUGCAUCUGAGGAACAGCGUCCUGACUUUCACUGAUCAUCAAAAACUCACGGUAGCGUAAGAAACCAGUAGCGCGGCACGUCAACCAGGCUUCUGUGGGUCAAGCAUCUCAGUAGCUUAAAGUAUCGACUUAGCUCCUACACUCAACCUGAUGAUAGUGUAGCCUCUAGGAGUGAUGACCAUCUUCACAAGAUGCUCCCAACCAUGAAAGUUGAGUUACCGGUAAUUUAAACAUGUUUCCAUUGUUGACCAUUAAACUGGCAUCUUAAGAAAUGAGAAUGAAAUGGAGUUAAGAAAAACAGAUUUGAGCUACACUUUCAUACAUGAAUCAGCUGGUCCAUUGUUGACAUAUGUCAUCAGGGAAACUUCAUGCUGAUUGGCUAUCACGGCUAGCUCGCUUGAGUUCGUUAUAGCUAGUUAUUCACAUUGCUGUAAGAGAGCGUGGAUAAACGCCCCACACAAAGCUGCUUUUUGUCAUGUCAGUGGUCAUUCUAUCUUGAUACAAGUAGAUCAGAAUGAUAUGGGAAUGUUUUCAUGCUGCUCUGUAUUUUAUGUUUUUGAAAUACACAGUUCGCGACCUUGUAUUCUUGCUCUGUUUCCCUCUCUGUAAAGAACUACAUCAGGACAGAUCGUGUGAGCUUUGAACUCCAUAAAAGCAGCUGCACAACAUGCCGUUCCUUCAUGUACUAUUUGUAAACCAGCGUAAUUGGUACUGCUAGCCGGAACAAUUAGUUCCUGAGCCUUUUCAGUCCUGGCAUGUAGUCUAUCUCUGUGUGUCUGUGAUAAUCAAAAGAGUUGAAUUUCAGCAUUUUUGAUUCAAACACACAGCAUCAGUAUUGGCAUUUGUAAUUCCACUGAGGAGAAAAUAGUGGAGUGAUGUGUUGGAUGCCAGAAGAGUAUUGAUGGGUAUUUUGAAUACCUGCCAGUAAGUUAGAGGAAGCCCUUACUGGAUUCCCGUUUGAAUCUGGCAAAGAGUGCACAACAAACAUUUUCACACAGCAGUAGCCAUCUUCAAAAUAGUUUACAUUGUAAACCUCUCCCUGUGGUCAGCGCCUGACUGCGAAUGUGAGUGUUGGGAAACUGUUUGGCAAGCAGGCCGUACCAGAUUAAACAUCCUUGGAGAAAAACUAGUCCCUGAUGAUGAAGAAACUAUGAAAAAGUUGGCAGAAGGCACCCGGGUUCAUGCCCUUUCUGUCUGCGGUCCUUUCUCAAGUAACAGGAAGUGGCCAUUAGGGAUGUUCGUGGCCUUAUGGUGACCAUGCAGGGUAGUGCUGAUUAUUUUUUCCUCUUUAGUAAAUAGGUUGCAUUACAGCGGGUAUACUCCAAGAUCAUGCAACCCAAGGCUUAUUUAUCCAUAUCUUGCACAGACCUCCACUUCUCCUAGACUCCAGGCAAACUAGCACUCAGUUCUCCUCCACCUGCACGAGGUUACACCACAUACAUGUUAGCGGUUUCCAAUCUACUUGCCCAGUCCACUACUUCCCUGGGAGUGUUUUGCGUGUCUUGUUUAGACGUUUGGUCUGUAGUAGUAUAGACAAAAUGAACUCUGGGCUGGCUGAAGGCUCCGUCCCUAUCUGUUUGUGUAUCAGAUGUCGAGCAUAAAUGAGCCAUGGGAGAAAAAAAAACAUGCUAAUGAUAGCAUUUAUGUUGGAGAACAUGAUAACACGCUAUGGUUAGUUUAGUGCAGCCUUGGUGGAGGGGAACAACACACAAUUCUCCUGUGUGUCAAUUUUGAGAGCAUGGCAUUGUGGGACCUUGUAAAAUAUGUUUCUUGCCAGUCUUGUAGAUAUAUCGGGAAAAACAACAGGCAAAUACAGGCUGAACCUAAAUUAGCUACGUUAUAUGGUAGUUUCUAAAUUGAAUCUCCAUUAUGCUUCUAUUUUUAUGAUUCAGUUUUCUUCAGAUGUAACUGCCUAUAGGGGUUUGUUAACCCCUCACUAAUUUAAAGAAAAAAGUAGUUUUCAUUAAAGGCACAGUGUGUAAAAUGGGGAAAAUUUAGAAUCAUCCAGUGGUCAGAUUCUGGUUUGAAUCACUCCCUUGCUCACCCCUUCAAUUAGUCAACUCCCCAAAGCAACAGCGACUUCCCAAGAUGCAUGACAAGUGUGAUCCUGCAUUUGUCAAGAUUUGUCAAGAACAUAUCUCUUUUUUUCUCCAAUUGAUGGUCAUCUGUCAAUCAAUCAAUCAAUCAAAUUUUAUUUAUAUAGCGCAAAUUCACAAUAGUCGUCAUCCCAAUAUGCUUUCCAAAGAAAAAGAGCAGGUCUAGACCACGCUCAGUAGAUCAGGACUGGGAAUUUCUGGCGGCCUCUCACUGAAUACAAAGAAAACGUUUGUUAGUAGUUUGUCUAUUCUGUGCUACUGUAGAAACAUGGCGAUGCAAGAUUUUAUCUUCUGUGAAAGAGAACCUGCUUCUGUGUAGAUACGAAAUCCAAGUGUAAUGCUGACUAGCUGGUGGAUGUAUGCCAAUGUGAGCUGUCAUCUAGUGGCAAUCAGUAUAAGCUAAUGGAUGUUAGAAAGGUGCAUUUACUUCAAAAUUAGGCAGUAUUUUGCAAUCGUGAUUGCCCAGAUAUCUUGCAUUUUUAUGACUUGUAAACAUAGACUGUGCAAAGCAUAGAUUCAGUUCAGUUAGAGUUGGGGCAAGUUGGUUGUGCAUAUAUUUACCACUUUAGGUCCUGCAGGUGGAGUUCCUGUUCUUGAAAGCACUCCCUGCUUUCCUCUUGUCAACAUGUUGCCUUAAAUUUUUUUUUUUAUGAUAUGUGUAAACUGUGUAACGUGCAGUAUAAACCACACUCCAAUGCACACACACCUUAUCAAAGGAGCUGUUGUACCCGUGCAAAAAUACACAAACUCAUGCACCCAUGCGGUGAAUAACAACAGUCAGAACACACCGUUCUCACCAGAUGGUCGUGUAUGCAAAUAUUCAUUGCUAUCACUGUAACUGCUACACCUGUAAUGAGAGUCAUUAGAACAGGCGACCAGGCCUGGCACAAUCAACGGGAUGUGGUUUGAUGCCAGUUUGAUGUCCUCUAACGUGAUGUAUUAGGUCUUCUAUAUGAGCAGUUCAGCAGUUGCAUGGGAUGGCGCAGCUUGUCGCCGUGAAAAAUGGCUAUUUUGAGGCAAACUUCUCUAACGUCUUCCUGCACAAAUUAGCUGUAAUCAAUCCUGCUCAGAUAAUCAUGGGAAAAAAAGCAUCUGGGUGAGUGGUACAUGACCUGUGAUGAAUGGGGAUUUCCAGAUUUCUACUGGUCCUCUUAUUUGAAGUCAUGCAAAUAAAGCCAUUAUCGGCGCAGCAUAUAGGAGGAAGUUCAGCUCAUUAGGAGAGCAAAUGGCCCAUCAGCCUGCACAAGCCGCGUCUUAAAGAGGUAGAUCCAUGCUGUCAGCUUAAUAAAAUUUAGUGACUGAGAUUAGCGUAAUAAAUCUUUAAUGUAUUUUCAUAAGUUUCACUUCCUGAAAGCGCAUGUAAAUCACUCUGCUAGAUUCGAACAUCAAUCUUGCAAGAUCUGCUCUACACGAUAAGUUGGACAUAUCUUUCAUGCAUUACAGGGAAUCAGACAACUACACAAGAUAUAAGACCUCUUGUGUUUUCAGCUCUAUCCAACUUUAUUUAAAAUAUGGAGCUGUUAGUAGUUUACAUAGGACCAAACCAAUGAAACACAAGAGGUCUUAGAUUAGAAAACAGGUCUUAGAUUUUCUUCUUUUACUUGGAACAACAAAAAACUUCAUCUGAUUCAGAACACUAUAAAAAGGAUUUAUAUUUGUGUUCCUCCAUCUGUUAUAAUCUUCUGUUCCAGUCUCUGCUUUGCAUGUUUUGGCAUCAUUGUCUUACCUUGUUUGCUUUAACACUGUUUGCAACAUGUAAUACGUCUGUUUUUAUUGUUCUGUGUACUCAGGACACUUAUGCAAAAGAGAGUUAACAAUCCUCCACCCUGAAUAAAUACCUGCACUGAAUAGCUGUGUGAGUGAAAAGCUCUAUGGAAAAAAAAUAAAAGAGUGAAAGAUUUCACUGGAUCGUGUUUGAGUGUCCGCAGAAAGGUGAUGCUUCCCCUUUCUGACAUGAAGUGCCUCCUCCUCAGAUAACCUUUCUUCAGAAUCAAACAGACAUCAGACUGAACACAGCUGAGCAGUGUUGGGUUAAUGGAUGGGCUUUGUCCCCCUGCAGAUCCAUGACACUGAACCUUGACAGGGAGCCUUGCAUGGCUGUGGGUUUGGCCUUUAUGAACUGCCCCUGGGAUGGCUCUCGGGCACAUACUGUAUUUCAGCCUAGCUUAUCUUUCAGCGCUCCUCUGGUGUCCUAUAGCGUCACAGGCUGUGAUAAUGUGUGUGGUUUCAAGUGUGUGCCCGUCAGACAGGGAGGGUUGUCUGUAACUUAUCAUAUUUCAAAGCCUUGUUUGUAUGGAUCACACAGACAGUUACAAAACUUCUUGCCAUACCUUAAAUUCUCCGUACGCAGAAACAGAUUGGAAAUACAGUCAUGUCUGAGCAGGUUGUGCUUGAGUUGAACUUUCUGUCUUGUCUUGGCCUUCAUGAAAUGUUUUUCUUUUCACUGUAGACAAGCACUCAUGCAUUUUAUAGCGUCUGGUACAACAGUAACAAUCCCACGCCCUGUCCUGUUAACCCCUGUUAGCAUGUUAGCUUUAAACUGGAAGAAGUUGUCUCAUUUCUCCCUCCUCUGCAGAGGCUAUGGGUCAAAAAUGUCAUCAACUUGAAAGACACAGCAUUUCCAAAUGUGUCACUGACGUCUGUUUUCCUCUGUGACAUAACAGAGAGCUUUUUCUCCAUACAGUGAGUCCCAGUAUGUGCACAGUAAUGUCACAUGGCCUUUGAACUGGAGCUAAAUCCACAGGGGGCCUUUUUUGAUAGCCUUGGAUCAUCAGAGGGACUGAAAUCUCAAAGUGUGUAGACCUCAGCUGUUGGUUUUGUAUUUUUUGAACUCUAUAUUAAUUAUUAAUGUUUCAAUUAUUCAUUUAUUUCAAAGGAAUCUUGGAAGGAAUCUCUAAUAAUAUCAAUGUCUUUCUAUCUAUCUAUCUAUCUAUCUUUGGACCUAUGUAUGAACCAUCUAUAGAUCUGUCUAGAACAACUUUAUACAGCACUUUCAAUCCAUCCAUCUAUCCAUCCAUCCAUCCAUUUGUCCAUCCAACCAACUAUUCAUCCAUUCAAUGAUUCAUUUGUAAUCCAACCAACAAUCCAACAAUCAAUCCGCUGGUCCUCAACAACCAACCAACCAUCCAUCCUUCUAUCUUUCCAUUCAUCCAACCAACCAUCCAUCCAUCCUUUCAGCCAUCCAUUCAACCAACAAAUCAACCAUCCAUCCAACCAACCAAUCAUCCACUCUUACACCCAUCCCACCAUCCAUCCAUCCAUCCAUCAAUCAAUCCGUCAUCCAACCAACCAUCCAUCCUUCUAUCUUUCCAUCCAUCCAACCAACCAUCAAUCCAUCCUUUCAGCCAUCCAUUCAACCAACAAACCAACCAUCCAUCCAUCCAACCAACCAUCUAACCAACCAAUCAUCCAACAAUCUAACCAACCAAUCAUCCACCCUUACACCCAUCCCACCAUCCAUCCAUCCAUCCAUCAAUCUGUCAUCCAACCAACCAUCUGUCAUACUUCGAUCGAACCACACUGUCUGUAGAUCACUGAUCUAUACAGACAUACUCAGUCUACAGAGUUUUUCCUUUGGUUUUCUAUAUGUUAUGGUAUAUUGGCAGGUUGAUACCAUUUUUACCAUUUUGCUGAACAUAGAUUGAAGAGGCCCAUAGGCCCAAAAAAUAACGCUAACAUCUGAAAUAUACACAAACUUCUAAAAAAGUCUGCAAUAGUUGUCAUAGUAACACAGAAUGACUUAAACACUGCUGGUCUUUGUUUCAUUUGCUCAUUCCAGCCCCUGUCCAUAUAACUCCUUUGUUAGUCAGGAGAACAUUGUGCAGAAUACUGUUAUGGUAAAUCAGAAAAUUACAUGUUGCAUAAGGUUUCCAUUUCCACUGCUGGAUUACUUUUCUUUUUAACAGAUAACACAUGAUUGCUAGGUUUUGUUGCUUGGAUCCUUUUCCUUUCUGCAUGCUCUUACCUUAUCUACUCUUAUCCAGAGAUAGUUAGAUUAGGUUAUAUUCAGAGCCUCGGGACUGUAAAAAUAAUUUUUGCAUUUAAAUCAACUUUUCAAGAGCAACGGAGUGUUAUAACUUAAAAGAUGACGUUCUCUCAAAUAACUUUAACUAUAACACAUAUGCUGCAAGAUAACAUCAGUCUUGAGUUUAAUGGAAGCAUUUACCAUGAUUCUAUACAGUGUUGCUAAUUAAGUUACUGUAAGCUAUGUUUUCAUCCCAUUUUCCCAUGGAUUGGAACCGGCAGCUUUGUCGGGACUGUAAACACAAUCACUCCAGCGUUCUGCUUCCCUUAUCCAGCCUGCACUCUGUUGUUGGCUUGGGACCCAAAACUGCUUUUCCCUCUUUUGUCUUUCCCCCUCUAACAUUUACAUCCACAUUUUUAUCUUUCUAUGGAAUAUGCAACUAGAUUGAGUGUCAAACAUUUACUAGCACAGUGCUCACAGAGUAUGACAGCUCUGACAAACUGAAGCAGCAACUGAACAGCUGCAGUAGAUUCCAAUGGUGACUCAUAGUAAAAACGUAAAAUAAGAAAAUGUCCAUACAGACGUGUCAAGCCACUGGCACAACUUGCCUCCUCUUCUCCGUUGUCCCUCUAUAUGCUUAAUAGAACUAUAUUUGCACAAAAAUUUGAGUUGUCUGAUUUAUAUAGACUGACAUUUGAGAAGUACAAGGCUGCAUUUGUAAAACAGAAGAUGAACUUUUAACUUGAUUUCAUAACUAGAUCACCAUCAUUUGCUACAGAUUAAAUUACAACGCUUCUCUAGUCCCAAGCAGACAGUAUUUGACACUCAAACAUUCGCUUAAACAGAGCACUCCUUUCAGUAGUGCCAUGUCACUUGUAAGACAUACAAAGUCUGGCAUUCAUGCAUAUUUUGAGUUUAUUGGCUUCUGACUGAGGUGUACUCAAUGAAAUCUUCUGCACUAAACUCUGGACGUCUCCAGUACUUAUUUCUGACGAUCUCUUUUUGGGACUGCAAUAAUUUUCUCUUUAGGUGUUUUUAUUAAGGGUCAGCAAGGCAGCUCAAGCUUAAUUUCUGGCCCUGACUUGGACUUCAUAGACCCCAAAGAGUGUUGUAUUAUAUUGCUACAAAGAGUUAAUCAUAUAUCAUAUUAUGUUGCAUCUUAUUACACAGUAUUGUAUGUAUUUUAUCAUAUUGUGCUGUAAUAUAUCAUAUCAUUCCACACUGUACUGUACCCAUCAUAUUGUAUCUCAUAGUAUGGUACUGUGUGGUAUAAUGAUAUAAUAUACUGUGACGUUCUGUAUGGUAUUGUAUCACAUAUUACCAUUCCAUGUUGUGUUGUACCAGAUCUUACCACAUCGUAGCACAUCAUAUUGUAUCAUAUUGUCUAUUUUUGUAUCAUAGCAUAUCGUAUUGUAUCCUAUCAUGUCAUGUUGGGUCUUGCCUUGUGCUAAAAUAUUAAGCAACUUCACAUUGUAUCAUGACAUAUUGCAUCACAUUUUAUUGUGUUGUAACAUAACGUAACGUAACGCAAUAUAUUGUUCCCUAUUGUAUAGUGUCCCAUCAUAUUGUAUCAUACCUCACCUUACCGUAUCGAAUCCUCUCAUCUCAUCUUGCAUCAUAUCACACCAUAUUGUAUCGUAUUGUAUGGCGUCGCAUCUUACCGUAGUGUAUAGUACCAUGUCAUAUUGUAUGGCAUCGCACCAUUUGGUACUGUAUCAAAUCGUAUCGCAUUGUAUUGCAUGGUAUUGUAUCGUAUAGUAUUGUAUGGCAUCACAUCUUAUCGUACUGUAUUGUAUCAAAUCGUAUUGCAUCUUAUCGUGUCGGGUGGUAUCGUAUCAUAUCGUAUCGCGUCAGGUGGUAUCUCAUCGUAUUGUGUCGUGUGGUAUUGUAUCGUAUCGCAUCGGGUGGUAUCGUAUCGUGUCGUAUCGUAUCAUAUCGUAUCACAUCGUAUCGCAACAAAUGGUAUCGUAUCAUAUCGUGUUGUGUGGUAUUGUAUCCUGUCGCAUCGCAUCGUGUCGGGUGGUAUUGUAUCGUAUCGUAUCGUGUCGGGUGGUAUCGUAUCCUAUAGUAUUGUAUUGUUCCGUUAACAAACCAGUAAUGAUUCUUGGACAGUCGCACUUCCAGAUUAUUCAAGUAUACUUUCUCAGCUGCACUGUAUUAAUGCCUGUUGUUAUUAUUGUCACUGUAGAAAGAAUCCUAUUGCGACACAUUGUGUCAUAUCAUACCACGUCGUAACACCACAAAGCGCCACAGUUCUAGACCAGAUUGAGUGGAUCUGUCAUCUGCAAAGAGAGGUUUAAGAGCUUCCUGAUGCUCCACUGGACGCUUAAGCUCGACCGACCAUCCCUCACCACCCCUGUAGAGACAGUUUCCUCUGACCCGCAGGCUCCUCUGAAGCCCGCUGUGUGUUAUAAGUCAAUGAGAUAUUAAUAAUUAACCUAAGCUUUUUUCAAAGUGAGACCAGACUCCCACGGUGAGACAAAGGACCAGGCAAGCUCUGGCCACUGAGCCCCUCAACAGUACUUUUCCACCCCUGAGAGAGAAUGAGAGAGAGUGAGGAAGAGAAAAGAGGUGAGAGCAGGAGAGAAUCAGAGCGCUAAAGCCUACAGAUGGCAGGCUGAAACAUAGCACUGCCUCUUAAAUACAAGAACACAGGCCCAUAGUUCCUUCAAUGGGGAUCCAAUCCCUCUUGCAAUUACCAGAAGACAGGCUGCUUGGCUGGGGGGACUUGGGCCGUUGCCUGGUUUCAGCUGGACCCAUUUUUCCUCCCAAUGGCUUGUGUGGAUGUGUUUGCAUGGUAGCACAUGUGUGCUUGCAUUUUCUGCACCAGGAGCAAGUUGACUCAGCAGUCCCAUGUGGGUUACAAAACACUCUUACACAGUGAGAAACAGACCUACAAGACAUGCUGACAACAAAGACUCUGCAAGACAUCAGCGACAGCACUGCUAAUAAUAACGCUCAAGAUGUGGUUAGAUCUGGGUCACACGAAGCUGUGCAUAUUGAGCAUGAGACUGUUAUUACAGCAAUGACAGGGAGUUUAUUUAUGUUGCAAUAUGGUCAAAUCACGAGUAAUCGUUAUUAGGUCAAACAGUCAAAGGCUCUUUCAUGAUUAUUUUACAGCUCCUACAGUUUCUGUUUGACGCAUUGUUUGCUCCCAAAGAGUUUUAGAAAAUUAUCAGACCCUAAAGGAAUAGUUAACCUAUUUAACUUUUCACUUUAACAUUUUUUAAACUCAAGAUAAAGAGCAAACAAGCAACCAAAUCAACCCAGCUGAAACAAAAAUAUCACUCUUUAUAUCAGAGAGAUUCUUCUUGCCUCAAAGCUAACAGUGCUAACAGAUUUUUAAGUUGACUUUUAGAGGUAACUUUAGGGAUAUCUGUUGCUUGACACUAGCUGUGUUAUCAGCUAGCAGUAGCAGCACAAUCUCUCCACACCCUGUGACAUGCACCACAGCUGGGUUUGGUCAAAUCAAUCAUCUGACCACACCAGCAGGAGGAGGUGCUGGAGUGGACGAACGUGACUCUGAUUCCAGCAACAAGGUAUAAAUAAACAGUUAGCCAAAAUAUUUGACUAUUUAAAAACUUAGCUGAUACUGAGUAUUAUAGCUAAGACAAAUAAUCUGUCAUAAAAUAUACAAGUGGAAUAUUAAUAAGUUUAUUAGUAAUAUGGUAUGUUAAGUCUUUGAUAAUGAAGAUAAAAUAUGAAGAAAUAUAUAUGUGGAAGAUUUAGUUUGGGUAAACUCUGGCGCCCCCUGUGGACAAAUCAGUUUCUGCUUAUGUUGUCUUAUAUGUUCUUAUUAUUGACAGACUUUUUCUAGUCAAAGUAUCAUUGAUUUUGAAUAUUUAACAUAAAAAAUAUAAAAACAGGGUUGUGAUUUCAGCUUCUUAGCUGAUGCUUACCCUCCCACUCUGGUUUUAGACAUUAAAAAUUACAGUAUAAAAGCUGUUGAUUUUGUCUCUGAUUGUCUUGUUUGCUUUUGUUUACCAUAUAAAGGCAUCAAUAUGAAUUUGAAUCUGUUUCAUAAACAUCAAAAAAGUCCUCAUAGGAGCUUUAAAAUGUAGAAAAUGUAGAAUUGUUCGCUAAAAGUACUAAAAAUGGCUAUUGUGACAGAUAAUUGUUGUGGCGUCCCUCACUCCGUCAAGUAAUUACACAAGUUUCAUUUGCUUUAAGCAACCUGCACAAUGACAUUGAGGUUGUAUUGAAAAAUUAAGUGAUAUUUUCUUCAACUUAACUUGGGAAAUGGAAACAACUCCACAGUUUAACACAGAAGUGAAUCAUUUAAAAUAGGCUGCUUAAAAGACGAUAAGAAAAAAACAACAAGAAAAAAAGUACAUAGUUAGCAUCAGACAAACUUCCUUUCACACCAGCAUAAUCUUUUUAGAUACUCAGAGACUGAAAGUGAAGGUUGGAUUAUCAGGUCCUGUUUAUUUGGCCUCAGAUAUAAUUGUGGUUGAGAACUGAUACUUUCCAGUGGGUGGUUUUGACAGUUCAGGGUUUUCUCUAUUUCUCACACACACACACAUACACACACAAACAUAGAGCAGAUUUUCAGAGCUACACGAUGGAAAAAAAAUCAAGUGGCUCUUCAAGCUGUGACCAGGGAAUCCCCUUUGUGUCCCUCUUGCUUGGAAAGAACCGUUAAUCUGUGUAAAGUGUGAAACCAUACGCAGCUGUUUGCCGAUCGUGACUCAACAUUAUGCAGCCUUUGUACGCCGAGGUGAUAACUGCUGCUGUGCAGCCGCAAACUGAGCAGAGGAUGUGCUCAGCAUCUGUCAUGUCUGUUGCCAUAACAUACACAUAUCAUGGUGGUUUCCUCUGUUCAGUUGAGCUGUUUUUCAUGAGCAUUUGCAGCUGCUCCAUAUCAAGGCAGUAAUCUGCAUCUUAUUGAGGUUCUGUAAAUAUGGGCUCAGAGAGGAAAGAGAUAGGCAAAGUGAAGCUAAACAUUGAAAGAUGAUAAAACGAGGCUGUAACUUUUCAUCAUCUUCAUUUUUAAAGAAACCUUUUACGCUAUCAAUCUCUCCCAUGACCUUUUUGUUUAUAACAGAGCCAAACUGCGAUCACAUUCUCACCCCUAAGGCCGAGGCUCCUGCAACGUCACAAAGCAGCAGAAACACAUGCAGUAAGAAACCUUCCCACCCACGGGGCGAGGGAGAAAGCUUUGUCUUGUGUUAGUAUCUUGUGUCACCCACAAGACUUGGCUGAACAUAAAGGCUAUAGUUCUCCUGUUCUCCUUAGGGUUAUGGUUAUAUAGUCUGCUUAAUAGUGAGAAAAGGCUGUGUUUUGGCUAACUGUGCCUUCACUUGUCUGGUAUGAAAAAUACACUCUGGCACAAUGAGCCGGUCUGAGUGUUUUUCCUUGCCUCACUGGCAGACUUCUCCUUUCAGAGUUGUCGUAGCUCUCAUAAAUGUGAUUUCUCACAGUAAAGCCAGGUGAAAACACCCAUUAGAAAACGCUCAGGGUGUAGCCAUUUAGGUUUCAUUUGGGGUAGAGGACUUAACACAGGAAAUAACAUCAUAACAAACCUAAACCUCGAAAAAUCCUGAGUUAUAAUUUUGGCUCUCCUUAUACAAAGGGCAAGGCUGGUCUUUCUAUUUAUGAAAAAGAGAAUUCAAAGUGAAAGCAAAUGUAGUUCAUCAGUCUCUCUGCUUCUACUUCUGCUUCUGUGGUUACCAUAUGCCUCUUAAAAGCAGAUACUUGUCAUGUCACUGAUCAAAAAUCUUGUUCCAGCUUGGGUCUAAUAGGAACCAUUGCUUUAGCAGUGUUAGCAGGUUUGAAGCUUUUGUUCCAGUCACAACCAAGUUUCCUAAGAUCAACAAAAAAAUCUGUUUAUUUUUCAGUAAUGAACCUGAUAUAUGGAUCAGUUUCUUGUGUGUUUUAUUGCUUUGAAAUACUGAAGCAUUAAUUGAGCAGGGGCUGGUCAACGAGGCUGAGAGGGGUGGUCAUGCCCCCCCUUAUAUGCAUUUGGCCACCGCAAAAUCUUAACCCUAACCCCGACCUAUGUUUUAUUCAGCACUCAGGGGGGACUGGUUUAACCAAGCGUCAUGUACAGAGACCACAUUCCUCAUCACUGCAGUUAAUGGUUGACAUUAGCGUCUUACCCACAGCAAUUCUGCAUCAGUGUUUGAAAAGAGUCCCACCACAACAUCACCACGACUCUUCUCUCUUUGCUGCAGGUCAGAAAGAUUCAGAAGAUCAUUUGUACCCACAGCCAUCAGACUUUACAACUCUUUUAUAAAUAUUAGAUGACUUUUGAGACAUGACAAAUGAGACGACAGACGAUUGAAUUUCCCUUCGGGGAUCAAUAAAGUUAUUCUUAUUCUUAUUCUUACUUUGUCUUUAUACAUACACAAUGCACACAGUGUUUUUAGCAGAGAACAUUCACAAUCCACACACAACAAACAAACAAACAAGAGGUCAAAAAAAAAAAAAGGAAUCAGUUAAAAUAGUUGCAGCGAUUAUUUUAAACAUCAGACAACAGUUCUUUAAAAUCUCCAAGAUGAAGGAAAGACUCCAGUUUAAGAGCGGUUUGCAGCUCAUUCCAUUUAAAGGGAGCGUAGUAAUUGAAACCAGUUCUGCCAAUAUUAGUACGGGUAUAUUGGUGAUGGGCAUGGCAGUUCUUUUAGAUGUACUGAAUCACUGGAAUCGGUUCACUAAAAAGAUUCGUUCAAAACAUUCGUUCACCAAAUCACGAAUGAAUGAAUCUCUUGAGGAAGUGAUUCGGUUCAGUGCAUUCACUUAAAAGAUUUGGUUCUUUUGAACCAAUUGUUCGCAAACGACACAACACUAGGGUAUAUGGAAUAUCUAAGGUUAAAUAGUCAUGGAUCGUGUUCUGUAGCUACUAGGUUUAAAUGAAAGAAGAGAUGUGAGGUAGCUCACAUCUCGUGGCCCUUUCUGAACUUGAAGCCUUGUAAUUACCAUCAAAUGCUAAUCUGAGACUCAUUUUGUCAGUGACUUUGAACCUUACAGUCCAGAUUACUUUCUAAUUUGAGUUUACGAUGUUUUGUCUGCACCUUGCACUUCUGGAUCUAUAAUUUCAGCAACAACUCAAAGUAUUGUGAAAACACAGUCGGUGUGAUGAAAUUCAGCUGCUGGGAAAAAACAGAUCUGGGUUUCCUGAAAUUUGCUCUUUGGUUUCAGAUGCAAACAUUACUGUGAAUGUCAUUGAGUGUUGGCUCAGGUGUAACGUCUCAUCUCUGCCCUCAUAUCGGUCUUAUCUGCUCUAUCUGCACAGUGUCAGGUGAAAUGCAAACUCAGCACAGGUGGAGAGGUUAAGAGAAAAGAGUAAACUGAAAUCUGGUGUAUGUGACAGUUUUGUUUCCUACUGUGCACACACACGUCUUUGCGUAUGUGCUAGCCUGUUAAGCAUUAACCAAUAGGAAGGUUGUCGUGCCUUUUACCCCGCGGUCAGCCACCCUUCUGUUAUUUUUGUAUCCGAUCUCAUCUCUUUCUCACUUCUACACACACUCUUUGUAUGUGUCAUUCGGAUCCACUUUCAUUUGAUGGCGGCUCAGCUUGUCCUUACUAAAAUACAUCUCCAGCUAUUAUAGAGCCCAGCAUCAUGUUAUAUUUGAAUCCAUAUGACACUCUAAGCCACCGUAAUCUCAUGUUGCCUGGGCAGCGUAUACACGAUACCCGUGUUCUCGUGUCCAGUUUGCAUUACUGUUUAAUCCACUGUCAUGUCCUGGCUGUUGUUGGAGAUUAUAUGUGCACAGUAUGUACCUGUUUUUAAAGCACACAGAGACAUGAUAUAGAUUACCUGUUGACUGAUGUGAUGGAUAGUUGGUUGUUUGGAAAAGAGAAUGAAUUGGAGCAGUGUGAGCUCAGUUUAGGGUUAUCCUCAAGAGUAAAUUCAAAAUUUUCCAAUCAUUAAAGGUGCGUAAUAAAAGACAGCAUAAUGUCCAGCACUGCUCCAAUCAUGACAGAUGGCUUUACACCAAUACGUCUGUUUCUUCUCAAGGUUCCUGCCUAUAGCACCUAAAUGCCUCAUACCGCAGUGCACCAUAUAUCUUUGGUUAAUUGGGUUGAAGGGUUUUGCACCACGCUGGGAGCAAAAUGUGGCUUCAUGAGUAAAUGAUUAAACUGUUGUCCUAAUAUCCAAAUCCAUCCAAAUGCUGCUCUUCAGUCAUUUGUCCAUAUGUUGCCCAAACUUUGUGAUCAUUAACCAACUCUCUGAAGUUUUGCAUCAUGGUGGCAGCUUUGAUGAACGAACUUCUUGGCUGUAUCCCACCUCCUACCUCAUAGCUGACCUCAUCCUUACGUGAGGGCCGUGCAGUGCUGGUCAGACUCACAGACCAGACCUUCCUCUUCACAUGUAUUGAUAUUGCAUUGACCUGAAGGACACGCAGUGCGCCACAGAUGACCUCAUCGGUAACUCUAGCUGUAUUGUGCUGAAUUUUGCAUGGUCACAUUGACCUGGUUACUCCUUUAUUAUUCAUGGCAAUGAAGGAAAGCUGCAAAAUGAAUACAUGCAUGCAUGCAUGCAUAUCUGAAAGGCAGAAGGCCAUGAGAGAUUUAAAGGAGCAUGAGGCUGGAGAGACGGUGUAGUCAAUGCUCUUGGCUUCUCUGCUUGAAACAUUAGACCCAUGUGACUAAGUUACUUGUGUGUUUGCGCCUGUACGUGCGUGUGUGAACUCAAUCAGUCCCAGGGCAGAGUAGGGUGUGGGAGUAAUCCAGCACAGGAGACAUAACACCCGAACCAUUAGUGAAGCGGCUCACAUAACCUAAGCACUGGUGGCUGACAGACAUCAGUAAACACAUGGCACCGCUUCUCCGUAUUCACCGCAGCUUCAGUAUUCAACACCUCACCGCAGCAGCCCCCCACAGGCCUCUUCUUUCUGACGCUACACUUGGGCGGUUCACAAAUAUUUGCCACGGUGCUCUGCAGGCUCUCAGAGGGCAGGAUUAAUGGUGGUGUGUGCCGCACACCCGGGGCCAGACAAAGCCUCCCCAUCUGGAGCUCCAGCCCCGUGACUGAGGGAACAGAGGCAGCACACAGAGCCUGGUCAAGGCGGCCCAGGAGGAGAGAGGGGGGUCAGGGCUGGAUCUAUAGUCACCCCUUCAUAUCUGAGCUGAAGUCCUGGGCAGCAAAGGAGAUGAAUGAAGUGGGCUUCACAGUUCCUUUUGAUGUGAUGAGAAGGAAAAGGGUCGUGCAUGCCGGCCGGGGUCUGGUGCCACGCCAAAUGGAUCACAUUUCCCCUACCAGCUGAUUAAACAGACGUAUCUGCAUCCUUCAGUGGGACCCCAGCCAAAUAAGAGCAGCAGCCAGGGGGGGAGAUGGGCAAUGCUGACCUACGCCUUCUACACAUUUUCCACCGUUUAGGAAGGCCAGCUUAGACAAAAUUAUGACGCCGCUCAGUUGACCUGUGACCUUUGUGGCAGUUUUCCCAUGGACACUCAUGAAUAUUCUUAUGUAGAAGCGCAAAAGUCGGGUUCACUUCUUAUAUCCCAAAAUAUGGAUGCCUUAGCAUGAAUAGUGGACUUGAUAGGACACUACGUAAUGAGUGUCCAUACAGUGGCACCAGGCUCUUCAUUAUAGUAGCAAGAAAAUAAUUUGCUUCCCAGCAGAGGGAUUGGAGCCGCGUAACCAUAAGGUUAUAGUUAAUUAAUUUGCAAGUGUUGAUGGUAGGGCCCGACCAAUACAGAUUUUUUGGGGCCGACGUUGGUACCGAUUAUUGGGUGGGUGGGGUGGAGGGGCACGAUUAAUCGGCUGAUUUUUUAAAUUUUAUAUGAAUUUGAAAAUUUUGUUUAUUUAAGUAAUGGGGGAUCUUUUCAGAUGGCGGAACAUUUUCGAAGUGAAACCAAAUCUUAUUCUCCGCAGUCUAUUUCUGAAAAUAUCAGCGACAAUCGGCGAGUUUUGGUCGAUUAUCGAUUAGUCUCAAACGGGCUAAAAUUGGCCGGUUUAAUCAGCUCGCCGAUAAAUCGGUCGGGCCCUAGUUGAUGAUUUGUAAAUGGACUAUUAGCUAUUCGCACAUUGAAAAAGCUAACUUGCUAACGUGUACAGAUGACCAUAUUCAAAAUCCUUCUCUGUACUUUAGGCCACUGUGCGACUGGGUUAUGCGGUUCCCAUCCCUCUGCUGGGAACUAAAUUAUUUUCUUGCUACAAUUUAAUGAAAUUGGAUGUUUUGGCAGCUCUUUAUCCGAGUCCCCAAUUGGUCUUAUUGAAUAGUCUGUAACAGUGUUUGACAGCUGGUGAUAGAGACAGAAAGCAUGCACUACCCUGCAGGGGCUUUUGGCAAGCAGCUGCACAGUCACCUUUGAGUGUAAGGACUUCAAUUCAGCAAAAACUCACUGUAAAGCCUUAAUUUUGAGUGUGCUGCUUGCCGUUGUUUAUAAGUGAGCCCUUGUGACCACUGUGAGAGGACACAGAGGCUAUUUAUCACCAGAACUGUACCCUUGAGCUUCCAUGAGAGAGGGCCUGUAGAUUAUUCCUACACUGGAUGUUGUUCAUGCUGUGCCUUUCCUGAAUCUGUUUAGACUGUCCCAGUUUAUACAUUCAGCAUUGUUAACUCAUCUGAUAACAUCAAACUGUUACUGCUUCUUGUUUACUGACUCUUAUGUGGCGGUUGUUUGUUCCUGCUUGUUCCUGUGCAGUAUGUCCGUAAAGCUUUUUCUCCUCCUCCCCUCAGGCCCAGCGAUGAGAGGCACCCAACAGUGGCGACAGACGGCACUGUGGACAACCUGGCCCAGGCUGUGGACAUGAUCCUAAAUCAAAGGAACUAAGUAAAAGGCACUAGACACUGAAAUCUCCCCACUUAAUGUUAACUGAGUGGUUCAGGAAGGUACACAAUAGGAUUUUAAUAUAACGCAGUAGUGCUGUUUCAUGUGGGAAGGGUGUACUUAGCAGUAUAAACUGAAAAUACCCUCAUAAACUGCAUAUCCUGUAACUGUCACAACUAAUUAUACUGUCAAAUAUGGGAAACACCCACCCAUCUGGUGCUCCACAAAGUGAGAAACGAUUAAAUAUGCAGAACUAUCACCCAGGUGUUCAAGAGAUAGUCUGUAACACUUUACUGCAGCAGCAUGUGCUUUUUUAGUGCUUGAUUGGCAUAGAUAAGAUACCUCAAGCUGACAUGAACGUGCCUGAAACUAGCUGCUGACUGACGGUUAGAAAAGUACGUCUGUGUGUACAGACACCCUACUUAUGGUACAGGAUUGUAGUGCUUAUGAAAGCAGUUUGUAGUCAAAUGAGGUCGCGCUAACCCUCUUGUUCUCACGGAUGUCAUCAUAAGCCAUGGAUGUCAUGCUAAAGGUGGAAAGCUCAAAUGCUGCAGUCUAUAGGUUGAUGUCCUGCUCAGUUGCAGGUUGCAAUACAGCUAUUCUUAUUGAUAUACAACUUCCUUGGUUAAAUUUAGGACUGUUAGCUGUUCUCAAUGACAACCAUCAUCAGCUUUAACAACUUACAAGCUUAUUCCUCGACUGUAAGCUACCGUAAGACAAGAGCUUACAUUACUGAAUUACACAACUUCCUAGCCAACUGUUACACUUUUGGCUUCUUCUCUUCCUCGGCUUUCUUCCUGAUCACCCGGCUUUGUUUACAACUUGAUUCAGGUUGAUAAAAAAUCCCAAACAAACAAGUCACACACAUCACAAAAUCAGCGUUUUGGCAGAGUUAGACAACACAUGGGAAAUUUAAGUUUCAUUUUUUGGAGAGUACAACACUUUAGAUUGUUGGCUGCUGCCACCAUUCACUAGCAAAUAUAUAAACAUAUAUUAAAUAGGAAAGGGAGUGAGCAAAACAGUGCAGAAACUAGCAAGAAAGCCAAGUGUAAGUGACAUCAACCAAAUUGAAGAAAACAGAUGCUUAGCAACCUCAAAUCACAGCAUGGUGAUGGGCUUUAGCUGUGUCACAGGACUAAAUGAGAGAGAAUCUUAAGUGUUGCUUUUUUUUCUACAUCUGUUGAAAACACUUACAAUUGAAAAUGGUUCAGUUUCCUACUUUGCUAUGAACAAAAGUGUUCAAUUUAAUAAGGAUUUGGCUUGAUGUAAGAAUGCAGGUAAGAACCAACCAUUGAUGGGCUACUUUUUGGCUAUUUCUGGAUCAGUAAAAUUAUCUUGAGGCCAAACAUACAAUUGAUAGCUUCUUCAGAAGACAGCAAUAAUUAGCCAUAACAACUUUCUACUCUACUCUUUUACUUCCUUUCAUUGCUGUUUGAUAAAGGGAAAACCCAGUGUGUUUUACAUUCUCGCUUUAUUAAAUUUGUCAAUGUCUGUGUUGAUAUUUCUGUCUUUUAAUGUGACUCGUCAGCAGCUUAUGGUUUAUACUUAUAAUUCACUGACUGAUUAAAUCAUAUUCUUUGUAUCUUGUAACACAGCAGUACGACACCUGUAGUCGUAUCCGAGCCACCUACCUUAACAUCAACAGCUCAGUGACCAUGGUGACUUAGAUCAGCGUUCAUAACACACACUAACAAAAUAAAUUGAGCUAUAUAUUAAGGUGACAUUGUUUUCUCUCACCUUUUACAAAACACAUGCUCAACAUUGAUAAAUUAGUGGGGACUGGUCUGUAAUGUAAUACACAAAUAAAGCUAUUUUUGUACUGUGGGAG